AUCUGCCAACUCUUGUAUUAUUUUAAGGCGCACUUUCCCCACACAACCCUCAACUCUAUCCGUGUACACUGUUUCCUUUUCUCAUCUCCUCAGUUUUGCCGUUCAGCCUCUUUUCCACAUUUUUUGCCUUCCUUUCCAUAGACAUCAUGGACAGAGCUCUUGACGAUGUGGUUCGCGAACGUUCGGUAUUUACUCUGCUUCCCCCCUUCUGAACCGCCUCAACUGACCAUUAUGCGCAGUAUGACAAACACAGUAGCAGUAUCAGUAAUGGCAGAAGGUCUCGCCGUAACGCCCGAGGCGGCGUCAGAAAGGUGAUAUAAUGAAACUCCAUCCCGGUUUAAAUUUACUAUCGUCACUAGCACUAUUGCCAACACCAAUCGUUGAUCUAGGCGUGUCCCCACCAACUCCUGUUUAUUCAACCCUCCUCCCUCCUGCCUAUAGUUCUUCGUUUGUUUAAUUUCGCUCUGUUUCUCGAGACCCCCCCCUGCGGGGGCCAAGGAUAAAUCCAAGCAAACUACAUACGCACAGAACCCUUUUUUGAAAGAGUCGGUCUAGCUAACGUUUCUUCGUCGCUGCGCCCUCCUUGGAAUACACAGACUGGUCGUCGCGAUAACACCUACAAUGAUUCACUGUUUGGCGCCCUUUUCCUCUCCAACCCCUAUUGUUCCUUAUUGCUCGUGUCCGACUGCAGCAGCUAACAUUUGGAAAGUGCUUGGGUUCAUGACAAAUAUGAUGGUGAUCGUAAGUUCUGUGAACCCUUCCUCGAGGAAGCUGAAUGUGUAAUCCCAAGUGGACACAAAUGAGUUGCUGACCGAUUGAUUGAGUUGGUUUAGCGACAAAUGAACCACUGCGACGGGCCACUGGCUCGGAUAUGCGCCAUAACCCUGAGGCGGCAAUGUAUGUCUAUACAGUCAGAGGUUUGGGCUUGGCCGGUCCGAUGUGCCUUUACUGAUUGGUGCUGUAGCCCUGUUGGAGCCGGCAAGCUGAGGGUCGAGAAUAUCCACUAUGAGCUUGGAGAAGAGGAACUUCUUGUGCGUCUUACCACUCGUCUAUUGGCUCACUGCUCCGCCUAGGAAAACCAUCGCUAACAUUCCUGGUGAUGGUGGCGGCACAGGGCCUCUUUGAACGUCAAGGCGUUGUUUUAAAGCUCGAACUCAAAUAUGACCGUGCGGGACGCUCUGAGGGUAUAGCCUUCGUCACCUAUGAGCGUGAGGCUGACGCAAAACGUGCGAUCGCCGAAUUUGAUGGUGCAAAUGCCAAUGGUUCAACCCCCUUCUCCCCACUCUACCGCAGCCUAAUCAGUUAACCACCAGACAGGCCAACCGAUCCACCUCACCUUGGUCCACCGCCACCAUCAGACCGAGGGCAAAUCCCUCUUCGACCGCAUCCAUGUCCCAGACUCCUCCGUCCCACACUCGACCGGCACAACCCCAGCUGCCCGCGACCAUAUCCGCCGCUACACUGACUCCCCAGAGAGAGACUCCCGCCGCGACCCUACCCGCCGCCCCACACCACCAAACAUUGAUCGCUACGUCCCCCCCGAGCGCCGUCGCGAGCGCCCUCGUAGCAGCGAGCCUACCGUUGGCGGCAGCAACACCCGCCGCAGAGGUGCUCAUUCCGGCUCUGGCGGUGGUGGUGGGGGUGGUAGGGAGGACAGGUCUUACAACAACAACCGACGUUACGGUAAUGGGCUCGCUCCCGGGUCCGGACGUCUCGGCGGAGGCGGUGUUGGGAAUUCGGGGAAUAGAGCUAGGAAAACGGUGGAGGAACUCGACGAGGAGAUGAAUAAUUACUUUAUGGAUGCUGGGGCCCAGCAACAGCAGCAUCAAGGGCAGCAACAGAUCAGUGGCGCGCUGGCGCAGCAGGCUGAUGAAGACGAAGAGAUGGUUCUUUAG